AUGGACGGCGCUGCCAAACUGCGCUACUUCCAUUUCCUCCUUGAGCUGGGCUACAAGGAGAUUGAGAUUUCAUACCCAUCGGCGUCCCAAACAGAAUACGACUUCACGCGGCACCUCAUCACUACGGGAGCAAUCCCUGACGACGUGACCAUCCAGGUGAUGGCACCCUGUCGAGAAGACCUGAUCCGAACCACCAUAGAGUCUGUCCGCGGUGCAAAGAGCGCAAUAAUCCACCUACACGUUUCAACCUCGGACUGUUUCCGCGAGGUAGUGUUCAAUCUGACAGAAAAAGAGAUGACUGAGCUGGCUGUUCGGUGUGCGCAAACGACCAGAGCCUUAACCAAAGACAGUCCCGAUCCAGAAAUGGCAGCGACAGAAUGGACUCUAGAGUUCACGCCAGAGAACUUCCAGGACACAUCGGUCUGCUUUGGGGUUUCAAUCUGCGAGGCAGUGAAAGCUGCCUGGGAGCCGACAGUCCAGCACCCGAUUAUCUUCAAUCUCACGUCGACUGUGGAGGUGGCCAUGCCGAAUUUGUUCGCGGACCAGGUCGAGUUCUUCUGCGAUCACAUAACCGAGCGAGACAAAGUGUGCGUCUCGCUUCAUAACCACAAUGACCGGGGAUGUGCAGUGGCGACGGCCGAGCUAUCCCAGUUGGCCGGAGCGGAUCGAGUCGAGGGAUGUCUGUUCGGAAACGGCGAGCGCACAGGCAAUGUGGACCUCGUCACCCUUGCAUUAAACCUGUACACGCAGGGCGUGCAUCCAGGAAUCAAAUUCGAAGAUAUAAACGCAGUCGUCGACCUAGUGGAAGAGCUGACGAAGAUCCCCGUCCAUUACCGAGCCCCAUACGCAGGCAAAUUCGUCUUCUGCACAUUUACAGGGACACACCAGGACGCCAUUCGCAAGGGAUACAAAAGUCGAACAACGAUUGAGCAGAAUCUCGGCCGCUCGCCAAGAUGGCGCAUGCCCUACUUGCCCAUGGACCCAGUCGAUCUAGGCAGGAAGCACGAAGCCGUCAUCCGCAUCAACGCACAGAGUGGAAAGGGCGGCAUAGCGUGGUACGUCAACGACGUCUUCCAGAUUGACCUGCCGCACGAGCUAAAGAUCGACUUCACCAAAAUGGUCAAGUCGUACGCCAAUGUGAAUGGGCUGGAGAUUACGCAUGAGAUGAUUGAAGAGCUGUUCCGGGACAGAUAUAUGCUCUCUAUCGAUGCUGCUGAAAUAGAUCGUCUCAGUCGCACUGUGCUUGAGCAGAAUGGUAGCGAGAAUAAGCUGGAACCUGGCCAGAAUGGGUCUGCUAAUGGCUAUACCAAUGGCCAUACCAACGGUGCUGGUACUCAUGCAAAUGGCUACAUAGGCGGCCCUGUUCGCCCACCUGGAAGCCCUGCAAAUGGCACACAUGGUACAAACGGCACAAAUGGACACUCCAAUGGGAACACCAAUGGGAAUACCAACGGACAUGCAAGUGGGAAGACUAACGGCCAUAAUACCCCUGGUCUCAUUGAGUCUCUAGAGUCAAAGAUUCUGGGCGCGAACGACAUUCACGAACUUGGCGCUGACUCAGGAUCGAGCCUAAAUCAUGCUUUCAAGCAAAUUGGAUUCGACGUCGAAUUUCUCGACUACACCGUCCAAACCAUCGAAAGGGCCGAGGAACUGGCUGGCCAUUUCUACGAGUAUGCAAGCUUCGUCAAGGUCGCUCCAGAGGGAGGAUCCACGGCGCUUUGGGGAGUUGCUAUAAACGAAAGCCCUAUCUCGGCGUCGAUUCAAGCAGCCCUCGCCGCAUUGGUAAAGCUCAAGGUCCGUGGCACAAUACGUGAAGAGACAACAGGAUGA